CGGGAACAGUUGUCGAUAAGUACGCUAUCAAUUGUUCCCUCCCAAAGACUGGUUCAAGUGACGUGCAUAUUUCUUUUACGGUGUUUGUUGGAUCCAGGGGUAGGCCCAAACUUCGAAUAUUUUUUCCUUCUUUUUUUAAACCUUUAUUUAACUGUAGAAUUUAAUAAUUUAGUGUGAUAAUGGUCAGAGUCAAUUAGUGCACUCAGACAUUGUGCUGGUAUGGCUAGGAGGCGGGAAAACAUUAUGCGAACUUUAAUGGCAAUUAAUCCAUAAUAUGAAAUCAAGUGUCAUGUUAGUUCAUCCAGUCAUAAUGAAUAACGAUAUGCUAUUUACAUUUAGUUAUCCUAUUUGGAAUUGUCUGUCCUAAUUUCUGACUUUGUACAUGGGAGGCAAGGGGGGUGAUCUAAAGACUGGGACGGGCUUAUCAGGGGUGAAAGUGAAGAUCGAGGGCGAAAAAGCAGAGCUGUUCCGUGUUUUCUGCAGAAGGCGAGAGUCCAUUGUAGUCUAUUACUCGUCGAGAGGGACAUGUUCAUGUUAUUCUUAUAACAAACACCCCAAACGCACUGUUUUGAUUACAAGUGGCAUCUAAUCCUUAAAAGAGCGAGCACCACCUAUAGGAGAUCGAAAGUGGCUUUUUCAUGGCUCUGUAAGCGGAUGCAACAAUAUGCGGAUGGUUUUUACAGCAUCUGGUACAAAAUCUCUGUUCACAUGCGGCAUUUUAAAAGGGAUAGAUAGACAGGAGAUGCCAAUCGUCGAGUCACUGGAGAAUGAAAACCUACAUUGAAAGAUCACGUUCAUCUUUGGCCAUCACCACAUGUUAAAUGGAUACCGAAUGGAGCGCAACAUGUAGCCGAUUUCCUGUGUGCACUGUAAAAUCAGAAGUCCCGCAUAGUGCUCCGGGGUUAUUAUCAAUUGAGGACAGAGGCGCAGUUUUCUCAAGCUAAAUAUUGGAAGGGAACGAAAGACAUUGCUCUCGGGAUCAGUCUGUCAACUGCAAAGAAGAAACGAAUCUAGGCCUCUUUUGCAAAACUUGCAAAGGCUGUCCAUAUUUCCCUGUAAUUUUCUUAAAAAUCCCUGUUUUUCCCAACGUGGAUUGCUAGUCAGGUGUUAUCUCAGGUGGAGGGGCCACAAUUCAUGAUCAAACAGCAUCCCAUAUUCUUCACUUCUUUUGAGUUUUCACCAUGGAAACCCCAUGUGAACAUUGGUGAAGACCUUGAUGCAAUGAAUAUGGAGAGAAGGGUGGCAAUGUAAACAAAGUUUUGUAUUCGAAAAGAAACAAAGCUAUAUUAUCGCCCCCACUUUAUUCUUAGUGAAUUUUCCAUGUGCUCCUUUUGCCUUAGGCCUACAUUUAGAGAACAUUGGAUUGGUGAAUCAACUGACACUGUCAGAGGCGUGUAACUAACAAAUAUGUGAGCAAAGCUAUUCCAAAGUGCAGAUCCUGAUAAUCAAGACACUACGUGGGAUUUGAAGGACCUUCGUGACACCUCAGGGCAAAGGGUUCAGUUUACACGCAGGAGAAUAAAAGGGAACCCGAUGAGAGAGCACGAUGUAGGCCUACGUUUGAACCUACAACAGUACCUUGAGGAGUUUUACACCUGCAGAACUACAAACAGAUUUCCACUUUUUUACGACGAGGUCACAGGAAGAAUACAAAACGUAGUCAUUAUUCACGAUGCCUCGCAACCGGGCCUUCUCAGAGCCGGAGUACUCAGCAGAGUAUUCGGCGGACUGCUCUGUGACCCUACCAUCGGACCCAGGCCAUGCCGUGGGGCGCUCGCACGAGGUAACGGUUCGCAGCCAAGGGUGCUGCCUCUGCCUCCCACGCUUCAUGCGGCUCACCUUUGCACCCGAGUCUCUGGAGAACCUCUAUCAGACCUAUUUCCGGCGGCAGCGACACGAAACCCUACUGGUUCUGGUUGUGUUUGCUGCCCUGUUUGACAGCUACAUCAUUGUCAUGUGCGCUGUGGUCUACACAGGCGAAAAGCUGGCCUCUGUGGUAGUGGCAUCACUGGGCCUGGCAUCAGACAUCCUACUCUAUGUGUUGUGCCGCUACGGCCUGCUACCCGACCGCAUCUCGAGACGUGUGGUGCCCUACGCCCUGUGGGUGCUCAUAGCGGCCCAGAUCUUCUGCUACCUGGGCCUGAACUAUGCCCGCUUCCACCAGGCCAGUGACACAGUGGGCUGGCAGGCAUUCUUUAGCUUCUCCUUCUUCCUGACACUGCCCUUGCGGCUCACGCCCAUUGUACUGAUCACAUCCGUGUCGUGCGGGGUCCACACCCUAGUGCUGGGGGUCACCAUUGCUCAGCAGCAGCAGGAGGAUAUCCAGGGGGCUGCCCUCGGGAGACAGCUGCUGGCCAACAUAGUGAUCUAUGUGUGUGCCAUCACUGUGGGCGUCAUGUCCUACUACAUGGCAGACCGGAAACACCGCAAGGCCUUCCUGGAAGCACGGCAGUCCCUGGAGGUCAAACUCAAUCUGGAGGAACAGAGCCAGCAACAGGAGCGUCUCUUGCUGUCCAUCCUGCCCAAGCAUAUAGCAGACGAGAUGUUACAGGACAUGAAGAAGAAAGAAGCCAGUCAGACUGGACAGAAGGAGAUGCAGCAGUUCAACACCAUGUACAUGUAUCGCCACGAAAAUGUCAGUAUUUUGUUUGCAGACAUUGUGGGAUUCACUCAGCUGUCAUCAUCAUGCAGUGCCCAUGAGCUGGUCAAGCUCCUCAAUGAACUGUUUGCCCGCUUUGACAAGCUGGCUGCCAAAUACCACCAGUUGAGAAUAAAGAUCCUGGGAGACUGUUACUACUGCAUCUGUGGCCUGCCAGACUACAGAGAGGACCACGCUGCCUGCUCCAUCAUGAUGGGCCUGGCCAUGGUGGAGGCCAUUUCGUAUGUUCGUGAGAAGACCGGGACAGAUGUGGACAUGCGUGUGGGGGUACACACUGGCACUGUCCUGGGGGGCGUCCUGGGACAGAAGCGGUGGCAGUAUGACGUCUGGUCCACUGACGUCACCGUGGCCAAUAAGAUGGAGGCGGGGGGAAUACCGGGGCGUGUGCACAUCUCCCAAGCCACCAUGGAGUGUCUGCAUGGGGAGUUUGAUAUGGAGCCGGGGAACGGGGGGGACCGCUGUGAGUACCUGAAGGAGAGGGGCAUCGACUCCUACCUGGUGGUGGUGCCCAAGGGCCCCCUGGGAAAGAACGGCAUCAACGGGGUGAAGUUGUCUGUGAUGUCAUCCAAUGGGAACUCUCCAUUGUUGAUCAACACCACUGAGUGUAAUGGGAGUGUCCACACAGCCUGCACCACACCAGACGAGCCAGAGGAGCUGGACACACGGGUGGUGAACCCUUCGUUCCCCAACCCUCGGCGGAGGCUAAGACUGCGGGACCUGGCCGAGAGGGUGAUUGAUGCGCAAGAGAACGAACAGGAGCUCAACAAACUGCUCAAUGAGGCACUGCUGGAGAGAGAGACCGUACAAGCUUUGAAGGGGAAACGCACCAACCGUCUGUCCCUGCGCUUCGUGGACCCUGAGCUGGAGACCCGCUACUCUGUAGAAAAGGAGAAGCAGAGCGGAGCUGCCUUCAGCUGUUCCUGUGUAGUGCUCUUGUUCACUGCAGCCAUGGAGGUCCUCAUAGACCCUCGGAUGAUAGCAAACUACGUGACCCUAGCUGUGGGAGAGGUCCUGCUGCUCGUCCUAACUGUCUGCUCUCUGGCGGCCAUCUUCCCUCGAGUUUUCCCUAAGAGGCUGGUGUCUUUCUCCACAUGGAUCGACCACACCCGCUGGGCACGGAACACAUGGGCCAUGGCAGCAAUCUUCAUCCUCACCAUGGCCGACAUUGUGGACAUGCUGAGCUGUCCCCGUCCCUCGGGAAACGCCACAAUUGCCCCUCCUUCCUCUGUUGUCCAAUCCGGGGCAGAGGGCUGUCUGGACAACCCCAAGUACUACAGCUACAUCGCUGUGCUGGCACUCAUGGCGACCACCAUGCUGGUGCAGGUCAGCCACAUGGUCAAGGUCACACUCAUGCUCCUCAUCACCAUAGCGACAGGCAUCGUCAACAUCUACAGCUGGAGGGACAUAUUUGACCGCUACGAUAUGGCCCGCUUCCAGGACUACAGGUCUUACCUGGUUCCCUCCAAAUAUGCCAUGACUGUGAUGAUCUUCAUCAUGAUGAUCAGUUUCUACUACUUUUCUCGACAUGUGGAGAAGCUAGCCCGUACUCUGUUCUUGUGGAAGAUUGAGGUCCAUGAGCAGAAGGAGAAGGUGUAUGAGAUGAGGCGCUGGAACGAGGCGCUGGUCACUAACAUGCUGCCAGAGCACGUAGCACGCCACUUCCUGGGCUCCAAGAAAAGGGACGAGGAGCUGUACAGCCAGUCAUAUGAUGAGAUUGGGGUGAUGUUCGCCUCCAUCCCCAACUUCUCUGACUUCUACACAGAGGAGAGCAUCAACAACGGGGGGAUUGAGUGCCUCAGGUUCCUAAACGAAAUCAUCUCAGAUUUUGACAGUCUCCUGGACGAGUCUCAGUUCCGCUGCAUCACCAAAAUCAAAACCAUUGGCAGCACCUACAUGGCAGCAUCAGGUGUCACUCCCAACGUCAGCAACGGCUACGCCUGUCUGAAGAAAGAAGAGCUGACUGACAGAGAGCGCUGGCAGCAUUUGGCAGAUCUGGCUGACUUUGCUCUGGCCAUGAAGGUCACGCUCAUGAACAUCAACUACCAGUCCUUCAACAACUUUAUGCUACGCAUAGGUUUGAACAAAGGGGGGGUGCUGGCAGGAGUGAUUGGCGCCCGGAAGCCUCACUAUGACAUCUGGGGCAACACUGUGAAUGUGGCCAGUCGCAUGGAGUCCACAGGGGUCAUGGGUAACAUCCAGGUGGUGGAAGAUUGCUACCACAUCUUGAAGGAGUACGGAUUCCGUUUUGUGAGGAGGGGACCCAUCUUUGUGAAGGGGAAAGGAGAGCUGCUUACCUACUUUCUGAAGGGUAGAGAAAAACAGGGAUCCUUCAUCAACGGCUCCUCGGUCACCCUGCCACACCAAGUGGUGGACAACUCCUGACCUGCGUGUCAACGCUCACAGAAACACAAACGCACACACAUAAUCAGAAAUAUACAUUCUAAUGUAGAAGUGAGAUCUGAAAUAAUGCUUAUACCAACACUCCAUCUUUCAGAAUUGCAAAGAAUGUAAUGAGGAUAUGUACAUCUUGCAAAGAGAGAAGAUUUGUCCCGCCUCCCCCACCCUGCCUGUUCAAAUACUUUUUUUGCAAACUACAAAGCUUUUCAAAAUAAUGCUCAGCUACUUCCAAUACAGACUUAUGAACACAUAUCACGCUACUGUAUAGUUACACAUAUUUACACACAUUCUUAGACAAACACUCUUCAGACACAGACCGUCUGACAAACACAUGAAUGAAUUCACUACAAUGCCAUCACUCAAGCCAGAUGCAGCCAGGCUGUUGGACUAAAUGCCUCAUUUUGAAUACUUUCCCCCUUUUACAAAAUACUUUAUAUUUGGAAAAUAAUGGAUUUCAUUGUGUUUAUUACAGUAUCUCCAAACUGCUUGGAGAUGAAGAAGACCUGAGAUAAGAUGGUAGAGUGUUUGAAAGUUAAUGGUGUGUGUGUGUGUGUGUGUGCGUGUGUGUGUGUGUGUGUGUGUGUGUGUGUGUGUGUGUGUGUGUGUGUGUGUGUGUGUGUGUGUGUGUGUGUGUGUGUGUACUGUAUAAGCCUGCAGUGAAAGUGUUCUUUCUCACUUUUUUUCCGAUCUGGAAUCAAGUAAUGUUGCCAUGCCCUCUUUCUGUUUGCUAUGAAUUUGGAACACAUGCCUUCUCUGCUCUUCCCCCCUGGGCUUACAUUGGCACAUUUGACUUCUUUGAGGCAUCUGAGGCUAUUCUGACAGUGGGUACAGAACCCAGGUGUGAGUCCUCAGGUGCGAAAUUGGAGACAGGUUGAAUGUUUUUGUGGGUUUUUUUUGGAGGCAUUGCAGGUGUGUGCAUGCAUGUUGUAAAGCAAGAGUGAUUCAUGGUAUUUUAGAGUUUGUGGUCACCAGGUCUUUGUGAGUAGCUGACACCUGUGGCCAUUAUGGGUGUUCCGGUGGGUAGAAAUGCAGUGCCCUGAAAAGGUAUUUGCCCCCUUUUCGGAUUUUCUCUAUUUUUACAUGUUUUUGAUACUGAACUAGCAGAUCUUCAACCAGAAUCUAAUAUUAGAUCAAGGGAACAUCAGUUUACAAAUAACAAACAAAUGUAUACUUAUUUUAGUUAUUUAAAUAACAACACCCAAUUCCCCUGUAUGAAAAAUGAAUUGCCCCUUUACACUCCUGGUUGUGCCACCAUUAGCUGCCAUGAUUGCAACCAAAUGCGUCCUGUAGUUGUUGAUCAGUCUCACAUCGCUGUGGAAAACUUUUGCAUGCAGAACAUGAACUGCUCCUUUCAAUUCCUGCCACAACAUCUCGAUUGGGAUUAGGUCUGGAUUUUGACUAGGCUAUUCCAAAACCUCAAUUUUGUUGCUUUUUAGCCAUUUUCAGGUAGACUUGACUGUUUUGGAUUAAAUUUGACUUAAAUUUGACCCCCAAAAAACACCUGGAAGCACUUGGAUGACUUGCCGUAAUAGAAGGAAGGAACAAUAAAUGAUGCUCUGUAUCAAAUAAAAUGUUAUUGGUCACAUACACAUAUUUAGCAGAUGUUAUUGCGAGUGUAGCAAAAUACUUGCUGUAUCAGUGAAUUCUACAGGAGAAUAUCAGACUGUUUGGGAGCUGAAGCUGAAGCACAGCUGGGUCACGCAGCAAGACAAUCAUCCAAAACACACAAUCAAUGGCUAAAAAGCAACACAGUUGAAGUUUUGGAAUGGCCUAGUCAAAAGUCCAUACCUAAUCCCAAUUGAGAUG